GACGAUUCUCUAUCUCCCAGUUCAAAGAGCCAGGGACAGAUUUUCUGUAGCAAGACUAAACCGAUAGCUCUCUUUUUCCACCUCUUUGCCGGCGUCAACAUGAGCACUACGCUGAAAUCCUGCCUCAAACCCACACCACCUGUCCACCGUCCCUCCUCUGCCGCCUCCAACAGCUCUUCCACCUCUGUUGCCUCCGCCGCCUCGUCAUGGGGCACCGUCGAGACCGAUGCACCCACCACCCCCAAGCACAACCACACGCAAGCCACCGAAAUAAAAAUCUGCCCACUCAUCUCCCACAACCCGCUCAACCCGGCGCUACCCUGCCUGCAAUGGGACACCCGCCAAGACUUCGCCGCCACCGCGAAGCGCAUGACCCCGAAAGGGCUCAUCCUCCCGCUCGCGGACGCCGAGCUCGACGAGCCGUUCACGCACCCGCCCGCUUACGCCGCCAGAAUCAUCAUCGCGCGCCUCGGCUCGUCGUCCUCGCGCAGCGUGGGCGCGCUGCUGGGCGCGGGCGUCGCGCCGCUGACGGUGACGAAGCCCAAGGACGGGCAGGCGAUUACGGCGAGGGACGUGCUCGGCGCGGUGCAGGCGUUUUUGCGCGUGUCGGUGUCGGCGAAGCAGUAUAAGAUGGCGUGCGAGCGCAUUGCGCAGGGACAGAGGACGCGGGAGGGCAAGUGUGUCGGUGAGGAGAGCGUGACGAGGGCGUUUCGUCAGCGGUGUAGCGAGAUUGCGCCUAUUAGGGACGUUGAGCAGGCCAAGGGCGUACGGCGGGUGGAUUUGUUGGGUGAUGCGGUGAGGUGGGCGGGCGCUUGGGCUGAUUGCCAGCGCGAUGAGGAGACGAAGGAGUGGAGGUGGGAGUUGAGGGUUGCGGUUGCUCCUAAGCCGUAA